CUGCCCGACUGUAACAUGGCCGACGCAGAAGCGUCUGCGAGCAUCACGUGAUCGCCCAUGGACAAAUCAUGAAGACCUGCGGCACAUAGGCGAUCACCAUGCCACCCAAAAAGACCAAAACCUCCACAGCCGUGGCCAGGGAACCCGCGGAGCGGCUCCUGAGUGAGAGCGACUCGGCCCUGCCUGCUCCCGAGGAAGCACAAGCGGAUGGGCAGCCAGCGGCACAAGAGACUCCUAAUGAGGUGACUGACAAUCGAAGUUUAGAGGAGAUUUUAAGUAGCAUCCCUCCUCCCCCACCUCCAGCAAUGACCAAUGAAGCUGGAGCUCCUCGUCUCAUGAUAACCCAUAUUGUGAACCAGAACUUCAAAUCGUAUGCUGGUGAACGCAUCUUGGGGCCCUUUCAUAAGCGCUUUUCGUGCAUUAUUGGGCCCAAUGGUAGUGGAAAAUCCAAUGUCAUUGAUUCAAUGCUGUUUGUUUUUGGAUAUCGAGCUCAAAAAAUAAGAUCCAAAAAACUGUCGGUACUGAUCCAUAAUUCUGAUGAGCACAAAGAUGUUCAGAGCUGCACCGUGGAAGUUCAUUUUCAGAAGAUCAUCGACAAGGAAGGUGAUGAUUUUGAAGUAAUCCCUGAUAGCAAGUUCUAUGUAUCAAGAACUGCUUAUAAAGAUAAUUCCUCUGUGUAUCACAUUAGUGGUAAGAAAAAGUCAUUUAAGGAUGUUGGUGUUUUGCUCAGAAGUCAUGGGAUUGAUUUGGAUCACAACAGGUUUCUUAUUUUGCAGGGUGAAGUUGAACAGAUUGCUAUGAUGAAGCCUAAAGGACAAACCGAGCAUGAUGAAGGAAUGCUGGAAUAUUUAGAAGAUAUUAUUGGUUCAGAGAGACUAAAAGAACCAAUUGAAAUUCUGUGUCGCAGAGUUGAAGCUCUAAAUCAGCAGAGAGGGGAAAAGCUUAAUAGAGUGAAACUUGUGGAAAAAGAGAAGGAUGCAUUAGAAGGAGAAAAAAAUAAGGCUAUUGAAUUUCUUACUGUGGAAAAUGAAACUUUUAAGAAGAAGAAUCAGAUCUGUCAAUAUUACAUACACGACUUGCAGAAACGUACUCAAGAUAUGGAUGCGCAAAAGAAAAAGAUUCAAGAAGAUACAAAAGAGAUUACUGAGAAAAGUAAAUUGUUGUCUGAAGAAAUGAAAGAAAAGAACAAAGCUUUGAAAGACUUUGAAAAGCAAAUCCAUAAAAUCACCAAAUUUAUUGAAGAUAAUAGAGAGAAAUUUACUCAGUUAGACUUGCAAGAUGUUGAUGUUCGUGAGAAGCUGAAGCAUUCAAAGAGUAAAGUGAAAAAGCUUCAGAAACAACUUCAAAAGGACAAAGAAAAGGUAGAAGAAUUACGAAGUGUACCUGCUAACAGCCAGAAGAUUAUAGAUGAGGCCAGCAAUAAAAAAGCCGUCCUUGAAAAGGAAAAAGAGGAGCAGGAAGAUAAACUGAAAGAAGUUAUGGAUAGUCUUAAGAAGGAAACCAAAGGUUUGCAAGAGGAUAAGGAGGUGAAAGAGAAAGAGCUGAUGGAGUUAAACAAGAGUGUCAAUGAGACGCGUUCACAGAUGGAUGUGGCACAGUCUGAGCUGGAUAUUUAUUUGAGUCGUCAUAAAACUGCAUUGUCCCAACUAAACAAAGCAAAGGAAGCGUUGAACACUGCUUCAGCAACAUUGAAAGAAAGAAAAUCUGCAAUUAAAGAACUAGAGACAGAGCUACCAAAGGCUGAAGAAGAUCUUAAAAAGAAAGAAAGUGAUUUUGAAAAACUCAUACGAGAAGAAAUCACUGUAAAGAAUGGCGUUCGAGAGAUACGACAGAAAGUGGAAGAAGCAAGAAGUUCUUUAUCUGCAAAUCGUAGCAGAGGAAAGGUUCUUGAUGCUUUGAUUCAGCAGAAGAAAUUGGGAAAAAUCCCUGGCAUCUAUGGAAGACUGGGUGAUCUUGGAGCUAUUGAUGAAAAAUAUGAUGUUGCCAUUUCAUCAUCAUGCGGAGCUCUGGAUCAUAUUGUUGUGGAUACAAUUGAUACUGCACAAGAGUGUGUUAAUUUUUUGAAGAAACAGAAUGUUGGCGUAGCAACGUUCAUUGGCUUAGACAAGAUGAAGGUGUGGGAAAAGGGAACGGCUACUAUACAGACCCCUGAAGGCAUCCCACGUUUGUUUGACAUGGUCAUAGUUAAAGAUGAGCAGAUAAGACCUGCGUUCUACUUUGCACUAAGGGAUACCCUUGUUGCAGAUAGUUUAGAUCAAGCGACCAGAGUGGCCUUUCAGAAAGACAAGAGGUGGAGAGUGGUGACUUUACAUGGACAAAUUAUUGAGCAGUCAGGUACAAUGACUGGUGGUGGGGGCAAGGCGAUGAAAGGCAGAAUGGGAAAUGCAAUUGUGGUUGAAAUUUCAGAAGAACAGCUGCAAAAGAUGGAGUCCAAACUGAAAUCUGACUCUGAUAAAGCAACAGCAAUUCAGGAUUGCAAAGUAGAUCUUGAGGAACAGCUGUCUAAAUUGCGGCAAUCCACAAGACAGAUGAAGAAUACCUUUGAGAAGUACACAGCCAGUUUGCAGAAUCUUUCUGAGCAAGAGGCACACCUGAAAACUCAGGUCAAAGAGCUCGAGACCAAUGUAGCUGCCGCUGCACCUGACAAAAAUCAACAAAAGCAGAUGGAUAAAAGCUUGGAAACUUUUACAAAGGAGUAUGAAAAGGCUGCAGAGAAAGCUGGAAAAGUAGAAGCAGAAGUAAAGAGACUUCACAAACUCAUAGUUGAUAUCAACAACCAUAAAUUAAAAGCUCAGCAGGACAAACUAGAUAAGAUCAACAAAGACGUAGAUGAGUGUGUCUCUUCUAUAACAAAAGCUCAAGUGUCAAUCAAGACUGCAGACAGAAACCUCAAGAAAGCAGAGGAGUCUGUUACCCGCACAGAAAAAGAAAUUGUUGACAAUGACAAAACUAUAGAAGACUUGACAGAACAAUUAAAAAAUCUAGAGGAAAAAGCAACUGCAGUAAUGACUGAAUGCAAAGAAGCAGAGGGUUCACUCACUGAGAUCCAAGAACAGCACAAAGAGUUACUACAAGAAAUGAAAGCGGUUCAGGAUAAGGAGCACGCCCUUCAAAAGGAUGCACUAAAUAUCCGGCUUAAAAUUGAGCAAAUAGAUGGGCACAUAGCUGAGCAUCAGUCUAAAAUCAAAUACUGGCAAAAAGAGAUAUCAAAAAUUACACUUCAUAACAUAGAAGGCAAUCCAGAGGAGAUUCUGCACAUACUAACCCAAGAAGAACUAGAGGCAAUAAAGAAUCCAGAUCAAAUAAAUAAUCAAAUUGCACUUUUAGAAGCAAAGAGUCAUGAAAUGAAGCCAAACCUUGGUGCUAUUGCUGCAUAUAAAAUGAAGGAGGAGCUAUAUUUGCAAAGAGUUGCAGAACUUGAUGAAAUCACAAAUGAGAGAGAUCAAUUUAGAAGAGCUUUUGAAGAUCUUCGUAAGCAAAGACUUAAUGAGUUUAUGGCUGGAUUUAAUGUCAUAACAAACAAACUAAAAGAAAACUACCAGAUGUUGACUUUGGGAGGUGACGCAGAGCUGGAACUCGUGGAUAGCUUAGAUCCAUUUUCAGAAGGCAUCAUGUUUAGUGUGAGACCACCAAAGAAGAGUUGGAAGAAAAUAUUUAAUCUUUCAGGCGGAGAGAAAACCUUAAGUUCUCUAGCUUUGGUGUUUGCUCUUCACCAUUAUAAGCCAACACCUCUGUACUUCAUGGAUGAGAUUGACGCUGCUUUGGACUUCAAAAAUGUUUCCAUUGUUGCAUUUUACAUUUAUGAACAAACUAAAAAUGCCCAGUUCAUAAUUAUAUCAUUACGGAAUAACAUGUUUGAGAUUGCGGACAGACUCAUCGGAAUUUAUAAGACUCACAACACAACCAAAAGUGUGGCUACAAAUCCAAAAAUUAUUGCUUCUAAAGGACUUGCUGAACUUGGUGCUUCCCAGUGUGUCUGAAUUGUGUCAGGGGGUAAAGGAUCUGAUACACACACUCUUCUCAUUGGAGCUGUCAUCAUAUUCCUGACUUUCAUUGGAGCAGGGAGGACAAGUAACAGGGACUGAACUGGGCUAUAUAAUGGCUCACCCUGAGGACCCUUUCACACCUUACCUGCUUUAGCCAUAAUACAUUCUCAUCUAGUGCUGCUACUGUCAUUAGCUUGCAAGUGUUCAUUUGCAGGCUAAUUCUACCUUCGUUCUUGAAAUUUCGUUUGUUUCUUCAGUAUAACAUUAUAUCUGGGUAUACAUUUUCCUUAUCUGCACCAAGAAAAGUAAAAAUUCUUUGAGUUCUGCUGGGAAAUAUAUUUUUGUUUUACUGUUCUAUAUGUACUUUUUUAUAUGUGUGUGUAAUAUGUACAUUUCCAAUAAAAGUAAAAUGUUUUAAAUUA